UAUCCACAAAAAUUAUUUCAUUAUAAAUUUAUCGUUCGACUACUACGGACUAAUUUGUCGUUCAACUGCUUCCAAAAUGGAGAGAUCCAAAAAAAAUAAUAUAUCAAUUCUUUGUGCAAUAAUAAUUGCUUGUCUCAAUGGGGUAGCUGUUUCAGCGCAAGUGGACAAUCAAAGCUCCACGACUGUAAAUUCCUCAACAACUAUAAAUGAGUUUUCUACAGAUUUUUUUAUACUCACAACUCAGGAUAAAAUUUUAACACGACCAUAUUUUUCAAAAAACGCGCCAUUAUCAGAAAUAAAAAUAGCUGAUUCUAAAAAUUUUACUGGAGCUUCCACAAUAGAGGAGUAUAAUGUAGAAUCUAUUUCUGAUUGCUCAAAUAAAAGAAUUUAUAUUUUAAAAAAAUCCACUUCAACCACCGAUAACAACCAAUACCUGGAUGUAAUUCAGUAUGAUGAUAGUAAAAAAUUUACAAGAAUAAAUCGAAUUUCCGAAAUAUUUAAUAAAGCAACAUCAGCAUCGUUAGAUUGGACAACAGGAAAUAUAUAUUGGAUUGAACAUGAUAAAGAAGCAUAUAGAUAUUCAAUAAAAUUUACAAAUAAAUUAUUUGAAGAACCACAAUAUAUUAUUCAACCAGCUAAAAUGUCCAUGGUUAAAAUUCAAGUUUAUCCAAAGCGAAAUGAAAUAUUUUUUUCAGAUAAAACUAAUAUUUGGUAUACAUCUACUUUACCUAAUAGUACUGCAAAUUUAUUAUUUUCUUCAUCAACUGAUGAUACUUGGGAGAAUUUGUUUGGGGUAUUUGAUUUUGUCAUUGAUUAUGCACAUGAUAGACUGUGGUGGAAUGAUGUUACUACAUUGUGUAAGUAUUUUUUAUUUCUUUUAUUAACACACUGUCAAUAUGAAAGAGAAAAUUAA